UCAGACACAGACAGCUGUCUGAGUUGAUCGACGACAUACUGAGAAACAAGCACGUUUCACAUUUGUCUGAGAAACUGAGAGUACAUCACCUUUUGGAAAUGUCCUACAACAAAGAAUUUCAGGAGAUGGAUGUUUCCAUCGAAGAACUGAACAUCAUCACCGAGAAAAUUCUUCAGCAAAAUGACACCUUGAACAAACAUGCUGAGAACCUUUGCAAGAAAUUGCAAAAAAGUAAAGAUCUCGACGCUUCAUACAAGGAACUGAAAAAAUCCCGUAAAGCUGCUAUCGAAGAAAACAAAAGACUGGUGAAGCAGGUGGAGAGUCUAAGAGUGGACAUCGAAAAGCAGAUACACGUGGAAAAAAUGUGUGAAGAAGAGAGGAAAAGAACGUCUCAGGUCUUUGAAAGUAACCAAGACCUGAAAGCAGUUAUGGCCACACUUCAGUUCAAGCUUCAGCAGCUGAACUAUACAACGGAAAUGAAACAAAUACUUUCUGUCUUCAAGUCUGAGAGAAAAAGUUUGAAACAAGAGAACAGAGUUCUCCAGUCUCAACUGAAGGAACUCCAGAAAAAGACUGCCGACAAUGCACACCUUUCAGAGCUGGAUCGUGUGCAAGUGAAACUGAAUGUUGCCAGGGAGAAAGAUUUGAAGACAAAGAUCGAACACAACCUUCUCCAGAAACAAAUCCGAGACCUGCAGGUUCAGAUCCAGGCUCCAAAACAGGAAAUUGCUGUUUUAGAGAAAGAAAUCCAGGAUCUCCAGAGGACAGAUGAGGAACUAAAAGUGGCUAAAGCUGAAUUCCACAAAAUCUCUGAAGAAAAGUCUCAACUUGAAGACAAGAAGAAGCAGCUUCAGGAUGAGGCUUCACAUCUGAAACAGCAGCAGGAAGAGUUACGUAAACUGGUUCUUCAGCACAACAAGAUACAGAAUAAACUGAGACCCCUUCAAGCAGAAACAAAGACCCUCCAAGACCAAAGAGAUGUGCUGACUGACCUUCUCAAACACCGUCAAACAUUGGAGACUAAAUGUAAGGACAUGAAAUCAGAAACUGACCGUGUGG